CGUUGACAAGAUAGGUCUAGACAAAUCAGUACGCAGUUGUGUAAUCCACAUGUGCGUGUUGCUGUCGCGAUUUUCACGUACUGUGCAGUAGAAAUAACACGGGACUUCACCGGGGAGUCAGGCAUGGAUACACCGACGGAGACACCGUACGGAGCCGGGGACGAUCCGGCUGGCACGGGGUGGCGUUGGGCGGAAACGGACCAGAACGGCUUCCACAAGUACGACCAUCUCAUCGUGGGACUGUAUCUGUUUGUCAUUGGAAUUAUUGGUACUGUUGAAAAUGGCAUCACUCUGGCGACCUUCACGAAGUUCCGUUCGCUGAGGUCACCCACCACCAUGCUACUCGUUCAUCUGGCCAUUGCAGACCUGGGCAUCUGCAUUUUCGGCUACCCGUUCUCCGGUGCCUCCAGUCUGAGGUCUCACUGGCUGUUUGGCGGCGUGGGUUGCCAGUGGUACGGCUUUAACGGCAUGUUCUUUGGCAUGGCGAACAUCGGGCUGCUGACCUGCGUGGCCGUGGACCGGUACCUGGUGAUCUGUCGGCAGGAUCUUGUUGACAAAGUGAACUACAACACGUACGGGGUGAUGGCGGCUCUGGGAUGGCUGUUCGCCGCCUUCUGGGCAGCCCUGCCGCUGGUUGGCUGGGCAGAGUACUCCCUGGAACCUUCAGGAACGGCGUGCACCAUCAACUGGCAAAAGAACGACAGCCUUUACAUCUCAUACGUCACCUCCUGCUUCAUCCUGGGCUUCGCCCUCCCACUCGCCGUCAUGAUGUUCUGCUACUGGCAGGCCAGCUGUUUUGUCAAUAAAGUGCUGAAGGGAGACAUCUCUGGAGACCUGACUUUUCCAGUCGCUGUUAAUGUCGACUGGGAGUACCAGAACCACUUCUCAAAGAUGUGCCUGGCCAUGGUGGCAGCCUUUGUGGUGGCUUGGACACCGUACUCCGUGCUGUUUCUCUUCGCCGCCUUCGGGAACCCCGCGGACAUCCCCGCCUGGAUCACCCUGCUGCCCCCGCUCAUCGCCAAGUCCUCGGCCCUCUACAACCCCAUCAUCUACAUCAUCGCUAACCGCCGCUUCCGCAGCGCCAUCUUCUCCAUGGUGAAGGGCCAGAACCCUGAUGUGGAGCUCGAGGAAACUAACAUACCCAUGGACGCUGGCGACCACAGCUGCAGGAUAAGCCCGAUUGAAGACAGCAAGGAGAUGAGUUCCAUGGGGAACGCCGAUGCCUGAUAAUGCAUCAUUGAAGACUCUCCCUUGUUCACGUGACGACAGCUUUUCAAAUGACGUCAUCGUCUUGACCUUUCCCAUCUUUUUGUUCCUCCUUGCGUUUCAGAGCAUUUGAAAUAUAAUGUUUUACUUACUUAAAUGUACACACGGAGUACAUGGGGAGAACACUUAUGUGCCACAAUUUCCCAAUAAGGUCAUGUUGAUUUGGUUAUAUGUAUGACGCAUCGAUUUUCGGGCGUUUCUUAAAAGAGAAAGAAACGGUUUUAACCAAACUGUAUAUUGUGCAGAGCAGCUGGAAAAGGAGCAAAUUUAUGCUGCAAAAAACGGAAAACAUAUAAUUAUGUGUAAGAAUGCUGAAAAAUCUAUUGUUCAGUUUACAAUACUCUGUGUGCUUAGUCAUUUGUUCAACCUUCCGGACCACUUUAUCUAUAGAUUAAAUGAUAAUUUUUUACGGAAUAUUUUUUUUUUACUCGAACGCUCGCAUUAGUUUGUGGGUACCCAAGAGCAUAUCAUCCAUAUAGUCAAAUCAACAUGGCCUAAACAUGAAAUGUAUAUUGUGUGCGUGAGAACCACAACACAAAUCAACAAAAAGGCAUCAACAUGGGCUUAACACCUCAAUUGAUAUUGAAAGAAAAGAUUCUCUACACGAAUGCUUGAUGACACAAACGAACGAUAUGAAGAUGACACCCGUAAUCAAUUAUUGAGAUUGCCCAUUAUACAUUAAGUAAAUAUUAAUUUCAAAAGAUUUCGGGGUUAUGAGAUAAUAAGAUCACAAAAAUUAUUUUUGCUGCCCUGUACAUACGUCUAGAAGUUAAGGUGCCAUUGGUGUGUUUGUCUUUAGAGUAUUAAAACACUUUAAAGCUUUUGACUUUGGCUAGUAGUAAAACAGUAGGGCUCCUCUGUUAUGCUUUUUAGCUGAAAGUAGUUUUUAAAAUUCUUGAAAACAUUCUACGGCAUAU